AUGUUGCGUUGCCAGCCGUGCGAGAUCCAAGCCACCGCUGCGCGGCCACGGCAAGCCCACCCGUUGAACCUACGGACGACACUUGGGCCUUGGCUCGCUCUGAUCUGGUCUGGCUGCACCGGCGGCCGACCUGGAAUCCAGCCCGUCCCUCGCUACGGUAAUCAAGCGUACUCGGAUCAGGACGAACGCAGCGACCAACGAGCGUUUCGAUCUGCACCGAGAAAAGCGCAACGCUUUGGAUUCUUCCGGCCUGGCUUGACGAUGGUUGACAUCUGCUGCUAUCCCGCCGCCAGAACCGGCGUGGUGGCUGGCGAUCGCUCAGCAGACAUCACAUUCCCCCCCGUGGGAGCUGCCACCCCAGCUCAAGGGUGCAACCAACUGUCGUGCUCUGCUUCCAUCCACUCCUCAAGUCUAAAAGCACCAGACAUGGAUGCCGGUAUCCUGUCCGCCCGUCCCGUGGACUGCGCCCAUCACCGCGCGCCCGUGCUUGGCGCCGGCACUCGACUCGAGCAUUCGAGACCUACCGGUAGUCCAGGCGCAAGCCUCGACCGAGACUCGCGCAAGUCGAUCAAAGGGCCUCCUCGACUUUCCCGGUAUAUCAUCCGUAGGGCCGAAGGCCCGAUCAUAGCCUCUCAACAAGACGACCGCACGCUCGUCGUCCCCUACCAGACUAGCGGCCAUGGUCCUAUCGACGAUCUCUCGCCAUUGCAAGUCGGGCGGCGUUAG